AUGCCGGUGAGCUUUGUGCUUCUUGCGAAAGACAUCCGCUAUGAAAAUUUGCCGCUGCUCCUUGACAGCAGGAGCCCGGCGGUAGAGGCGGCGUCUGGAGAGGACGAAAUCGAGUUGGUCUCGUACCGGUCUGAAAUAUCGCUGAAACACCCGAAGAUCCUCGAUGACGGGGAGUACGCACAGGUGGAAGGCAUGUUUGCUGGCAGCAACACGGUCCGGAUUUCUCACGACGUCGCCGUAAAGGCGAAAAAGCCGUCGCAGGCGGCAGACGGUAUUUUGCUGCAGUUCCAGCAGCGGACGCUGAAGCCACUGCUGGUUCUCUCGUUCCGCCCGGAAUACCGGCAACUCGUGCUGCUCAUCCACUUCUUCCUCCACCAGACGAAGCUGAGGUCCACGCCCUACGUGAGGACGGUGCCGUUCCACCUGCGGAACGUCGAGCUGACGCUCGACCGCACGACGAGGACGUUUAACAUCCGGUUCUCUCUCUGCUUCUCCAUCUCUGUGCGGGAGUCGAUCUAUGCGUUCUUGCCGCCGGACACGCUCUCAAGCCUGAACAGGAUGGCGGAGUUGCUUUUCAUUCCGAGGCCAACCGCGUACCAGGUCUCCUUCAACAGCUUUUCUGCAGCACCCUCUGUGUCGUCGUUCUACUCGCUCAUCACAGACCACACGCGGAGGGCCCACACGCUGGAGACGCAGAUGCUGAAUCUGCCGGGGGUGUACAAAACUCUAAUGCCCUUUCAAGUGGACUCUUUGAAAUGGAUGCUUUCGCACGAGGGCGUGGAGUUGGCCUCCUGUGACGGGGGCAUCAAGACCCGAGGCAAACCUUUCCCACGUGACGCUAACGACGAAACGACCUCGGAGAUCCUCGACACAAUCAUCCCUGGAUGGACCCGGCUGAGCAGCUAUGCCGACCAGUCCAAGCUCUACUGGUAUAACCCCUACAACGGCUCCCUGUGCACAAGUGCCUUUGUGAAGAAGUAUCUCGAGUCGAUACAUUUCGUCAGACCGCCAGCAAAGGGGUUUCUCUGCGAAGAGAUGGGGCUCGGGAAAACAUUAGAAAUCACCACCUUGAUAAAGGCGAACCCCAGGGUUUUGGUGGAUGGGGGGCUGAAGAGCGACUUGUUAGAACCAUCCAGGAAGAUCAAACAGUCGAAAACAACUUUGAUCGUGUGUCCCGAGACAAUUUUGAACCAGUGGUAUGGCGAGAUCACAUCGAUAUGCUCCGACCUUACGGUCAACAUGUACAAAGGAGUUUCCUUAUUGGAGGAAUAUGAUGAUUCAUUGACCCCUACUAUGAUUGCCAACGAGCUAAGCUCAUACGACAUUGUCUUGACAUCCUAUAAUACCCUAGCGAGGGAGCUAAGUCGAGCCAUCUUUAUACCAACGAGCAGACCAAAGAGGAAAACCUCAAGCUAUGAUAGAAUUGAUUACUCAUCUCCGUUGAUGCUCUUGGAGUUUUACAGAUUAGUUCUGGACGAAGCACAGCUGGCAUCGAUAUCGAUCUCCAAAGUUGCACAUUUCUCGAGAAUCAUACCCAGAAUACAUACAUGGUGUGUUUCUGGUACCUUGAUCAGGAAAAACCUAGAGGAUUUGCAUUCGUUGAUCAUGUCUCAACGGUUGAAUCCGCUGGAUAAUCUGAACAUCCAACAAUGGAAUCAACUACCAAGGCAUUUUUUUGACAGACUGUUCAGCAGAGUGUGUCUAAGGCAUACAAAGGAAAUGGUUGGAAGUCAGGUGCGGCUACCGAAACAACAUCGGAUUAUGCUACGCUCUCCGUUCAGUACCAUUGAGAGUGAUAAUUACCACGAUCUAUUUAACAGGUUUUUGGAGCAAGUAGGAUUGAACGACAAUGGGGAACCAAUCGCCGAGGGCUUUGAUCUUGAAAGAAGUAGAAUGGGUAUGUCGGUGUGGUGCAACAAGCUUAGAAUGGCUUGUUGUCACGCUCUCUUGAAUGGUUCACAAAUUCGAAGAAAUAUGGCAUUGGACAAUGCAGCCGGUGGGAACACUAAAAGUGCCAAGGGUAAAAACAAAAAUGAUGCCGACUUGAUUAUAGGUACUUUGAGCGAUGUUCUAUCGGAUUUAGUCAACAGCAAUGAAGCAGAGUCACAUAAUUGCUUUUUUUCGUAUGCUAAAAACUACAUCAAAAUGGGGAAAAUUCACGAGUUCCUGAGAGAUCCUGCAAAAUCAAUCGAAGUGUUUUUAUCUGUCAUUGAUGUGGUCAGGGAAAAGCUCUCCUGUUAUCAGCGAUACUAUGACUCUGAGGCAACCAGCGAUAGGAGGAAAAAUUGGACAGUAAGGAUAAGAAACUUACUUGAAUUUUUACAUCAGUCUUACUUCAUGUUGGCCUCCGCUCACUAUCAGCACUACCGUCCAAUGAAACCGUUACCGAAAAGUUUCAGAGACUUGAAUGAAUCAGUUUUAGAUGAAAAAAAGGAGGAGAAAGCGGAAGAUGUCGAAGUUGUCGACGUUGAGACCUUGUCCGAAGAGGAAAAAAAACAUUAUCAUCUUGAAAAUGAAUAUUAUGCUAAAGCCGAUGAAAUUUUAAAUCAGCUGUUGGAAGAACCGUUGAAAAAGACUAAUGAAAUGAUAACAAAAUUAGGAAAAACUUUUAGCAAAUUCUCAGUCUACAAAGUGAAGGAAAUACCAACGAUUAAACCUAUUGAAGAAGAUGAGACUUUUUCAGUCGAGAUUAAGCCAGAAAAACAUGAAGAAUAUGAACUACCGUUAAUCUGCGAGUAUUUUGAAGAUUUGACCUCCGACAUGAAGAAUCAUGCUACCUCUUUAGAGGUCUCCUUUGUUUUGAACAGGUCGCAGGAAGCAAUGGAACAACUAAAUGAACAAUCAACUAUAAUAAACUUUUGGUUCAAAAAACUCAUUGAGUACCAAAAAAUUCCAGUAGUUAAAAAUGAUGAAACAGAUAAAACCGGUGAAGAGUACGGCUUAUCGUUGAUAUCACAAGAAGAAUCACAAGCGUAUAUAGAUCAGCUUCAAUUGAUUUUGGAUGACAGAGAGAAAGCAAUUAACUCGACAGAGGAUACAUUAGCCUAUAAAUCAAACAAUUUCAAGAUGCAACGUAUUUUCAAUGAUAGUAUUUCAUCGAAAAGCCCAUUAAGCCUAGAACUUGAAAAACUCCGCAAAUAUUAUAUACCCCAGGGUACGCUAAACCCAAGAUACUCUUACCGCACAGCCAUUCUUGAAUUAGUUGGAGAGUUGCAGUCUUAUACUCUUGAUAGCUACAAACAUAUUCAACUUAGCGGGCUAAUUGCAAUGCUAAAAGCAGAGAUGACCAAGCAAAUGAAAAAUGUAAAGCAUAUGAGAGUUAAGCUUUUUGAUGUUUUAAAUGAUGCUUUCAAUUCCAAGGUUUCAUAUUUCAAGGCUUUACAAGUAAGAUCCGAUACCUUGGUGAAUUUUACUCCAGAAAAAAUUGGCGAUUCUCCUCAGUAUUCUGCUCUGGUUGAGCUGGAGACAGUAAAGAAAGAGCUUGCUAAAGACGACAGCAAAUUAAGAUCACUCAAUGCGAGACUGAACUAUUUGAGGUCUUUGAACUCAAAACGUCAAACGGAGGGAAACCAAGGUGAAAAUGACAAUUUAAAAGAGGAUUCCUGUGUUAUCUGUAGAUACAGAAUAUUAGUGGGAACAUUGACUCCCUGUGGGCACAAAUAUUGCCGUGAGUGUUUGACGGAAUGGAUGAAAACAAAGAAGGUGUGUCCCCUUUGUCAGAAGAAGUUAAGGGUAGAUGAGCUAUACAAUUUCACAUACUCCAGAGGAGGGCUAAAGGGUGAUGUUGUUGAAUCUUUGCAUGAUCACAAGGAAGAGGUAGCACCUGUUGAAGACAAAGAGAAUGAGAAUCAUUUAGCGAAAGGUGAAAGUGUAAAGAACGAGGAUAGUACUUUAAAUGAAGAAGAGAAUCUUGCAGACGAUGAUUUAGAUAGACUCAAGCUUUUGCAAAAUAGGAGGCUUUUUGAGAAAGAUAUGGACUUUGUUUAUCAAGGGUUACCGACGGCUCAAUUGCGAGAAAUUUCAAAUAUAGGAUUGAAAAGAAAUUACGGUACAAAAGUUGAUAUGAUCAUAAGACAAGCAAAAUACCUAGUUACAAAAGACCCCUCUGUUCAAAUAUUGGUAUUUUCUCAAUGGAACGCAUUUUUGUUGUUAUUGGGUAGAGCCAUGAACUAUGAAGGAGUUAAAUUUAAAAGCUGGAUGAACCAAAAAGCUGCAGUGUCGAACGAGACGGGUAUGGGUAGGACUAGUCGGAAAAAUAACAGCUCAAAUAGUAAGCUCAAUCAAGAUAUCACUGAUUUCAAAAGAGACCCUUCUAUCACGUGCUUUUUAUUAAACACAAUUGCACAAGCGGCGGGGCUUACAUUCACGAAUGCAUCUCAUGUUUUUCUAUGUGAGCCAAUGAUCAAUUUAUCAUUUGAGCUCCAAGCUGUAAAUAGAAUCCAUAGAAUUGGGCAAACGAAGGAAACCUCUGUUUGGAAUUUUAUCAUUGAAGGCACAAUUGAGGAGAGCAUUGCGUAUUUGGGGACUAAAAAGCGGAUCCAAGCUGCCAAAGUGCGCAAGUCUGUCAUGAAUACGGAGCAAGAAGAGCGAAAUGAAGUUGCUGAAAGCGCCGACGAGAUUGACGAUGAUGUUCUAGAGGCUAAGGAGCUUACUAAGGUGAACGAUACUAGCCGGAAAGAUGGAGAGGUGAUUCCUGAUGAUGAUCUCUGGGCAGCAUUUUUUGCUGCCCGGUCUGUCAAGGUGAUUGGCAGCGUGUAUACUGAUAAUUAA